GUGGACUGCGGGAAUCGACGGACUAGCGUGUGUUUUUCUCUGUGCGUGGCGCUUGUUUGUGUCGUUGCUUGUUUGUGUUGUAGCUACUCACGGUUUGAGUGAGUAGCAACGAUGUACAAAAGCUACUCGUCAGGGCGGCAUUGUGCAGUCGUCGGCUGCACGAACAAUCAACGCAAGCGCAAGCUUCUGAUGAAUGAAAUCUGCGCCGACCAUCAGUGCAACCGAGGUACGUGUGGGUGCGGUGUGUACUCAUUGCACAGAUUUCCGGCUGCACCUGAAAAGUGUCGGGAAUGGGAAAUUGCCCUCAACCGCAAGGACUUCAAGCCAAGCAAGCUUGCACGUGUAAGUGUUGUCCUACUUGUAACUAUGGGCACAAAGCUAAUAUCCACCGCGCCACUUAUGCCGUUCCGUUGCGCGUUUCAUCGUUUAUUACAGGUCUGUUCCGUUCACUUUGUUGACGGCAAACCUACUGCCCUAAAUCCGUGCCCAAUGCUUGGCCUCGGCUACGCAAAAAAGGUGACACGUGGAAGGAGGCCAAUCCUGAGAACCCUCCAGCCAACUUCAGUGGCUGCGUCAGUGCAGCUUAUGGACAGUCAGGUAAUAUGUUCCCGAUUUGUCUUCAUCCAAAUAGUCGAACUGUCCCUGUGAAAGAUCAUUCAACUACGCUAAAUGUGGUGUAAAUAGCAAUUUUCAUGGCAUGAUA